AUGAGUCGAUCCCUCACCACAGCACAAGAUGACGAAUACUUUCCGUCUCUCCUGACCGCUCUCCCGUCAACUCCCAAGACGGACGAGUCCGAAGUAAGCGCUCCUCGUGUCCGCUCCGAAGCGGACGUGCUCUCGUCGAAAGCCGGACAACGGCUGAGCUUUGCCGAGAGCUUGUCCAUGAACCGAGACAAACCGCAGAGCGUCCACGUGCCCGAGGACUCACCGUUCACUUGUGGUGGCAGCUACCCGAACCAUUUGGGGGCUCACAGACGCAAGAAUGCGUCGGCACAUCGUGCUGGUAACGGGACUGAUGUCCAGGACGAAGAUGUACCGCCUCCACCGACGAUGUCGUUGCUAAACCCCAGCGACUUUGCUGCAGGGUCUCACAACGUGGAGGAUGAUGAGGCUGCAGCAAUGGUAGAGGCUAGACGUAGGGCCGCAGCAGUGCGGUCUUCGUACUACCCGGACGUCCACAGUGACGAGUGGGGGCAGGACAAACAGUAUUGGGUCACGGUGUUUGGGUUUCCUCCAAGUGCUCGGUCUUUUAUCCUGCACCAGUUCCAGUCCGUCGGUGAAGUCGUGAACUACUCGAGUAGCAGCGGUGGCAAUUGGCUGCAUCUUCGCUACUACACUAGACUACAGGCGGAGAAGGCGCUCAGCUACGACGGACGCACACUUGCUAGCAACAUCAUGGUCGGUGUGAAGAAGUGCUACCCGUCAGACAGAGACGCCACUGAGCUUGACGAUAAGCCUGUGUCGAGCUACUUUGGUGCACAGGCACAUCAGAGCCUCGGAUCGCGGGACUUGGAGGUUGAUCCUACUGACGCUGACAUCAUGCUGCCUCCGCCGCGCCGACAGGACUUUUGUUCGCGGGUGCUCGGCUAUCUAUUUAAGUGGUGA